UAUGGCAGGAGGAUUAGAAAGAGUGUAUGGAACUGAGGAAGACAAGGUUAUCAAUAAAUCUUAUGACGUAGGUUAAUUGCUCGUUCUAUAUCAAAAUCGGUGCUUGCAGAUAUGAAAAUAAAUGCUAAAGAAUCCACAGUAUACCUCCCAUCUCUUAAACCAUAUUAUUUAAAGUAACAAUUCAUCCAUGAAAUUUGUAGCAUAUGUACCAAAAUUCUCCAAUAGAAGUUGCCAUCGCCUCUGGAAAUGCAGUGUCUUAGGCAGGCAUUGAGGAAGCAUUAGAAAAAUUUGAAAACUUUUAUGAGGAUGUAUUUUUAAAGGUAUGAUUAAAUGUUUAUUGAUGUAUGAUAGUUGGCUGAAUUUGGAGAGAUCGAGGAUCUGAUAGUAUGUGAAAACAUUGGUGAUCAUUUAGUUGGCAAUGUGUAUGUGAAAUAUACAUCGGAAUAUUAUGCUGAAGGUUGCUUUAAUGCUUUGCAAAAUUUGUCUUACGAAAAUAGACCUUUACAGAUGGAAUACUCACCUGUGUUGGAUUUCAGCAGUGCUAAAUGCAAACAAUACAUUGAUGGCACAUGUCAAAGGUAUAAAAUUAACCAUUUAUUUAGAGGUGGAGCCUGCAAUUACUUACAUCUAAAGAAGAUUUCUACCAAAUUCAAGAAAAGCUUAUUCAAUCAAAUGUAUGAAGAGCAUCCCGAUUACAAAGAAAAAAAAGAAAAAGAAAUUAAUGAGUAUUAUUCAUUUAGAUUACUAUUUAUUAGAAAAAGCCCAAAAAAACAUAAGAAGAAGGAAAAGAAAUCUAAAAAGAAGAAGAGCAGUAGCAGUAGGGAAUCCAGCAGAAGAAACUCUAUUGAGAGAUAAAAAAUGAUUAAUGAUUGGAAUGAAACAGGAAUUUAAAAUGUAAUACAUACUUAUUCAGCAUUAUUAAAUAGGUUUCUUAAGCAUAAAAAAUGAUGUAUGGAAAUAAUAUGCCUGCUCCAGUUUACACACCUAAAGUUUCGAUGCGAACGAGUCCAGAGUUAUUGCAACUAUAAUUAUAAUUGGCUGCAUUAAAAGAAUAAUUGACUGCUAUUAAAAUGAGUUGA